AAGCUUCAUAGAGCUGCAGCCCCUCCCCUCUCUGAGCUGAUCCAAUCAAACUGCAGGACAACAGUUUAAGAGAAAUGAUGGAAAAUGAGAAGCAGCCGUUAUAGAAGACUGUCUAAAGAUGAGUGGUUUGGAGGAAGAGGAGGGCAGGGCAGAGUCUCCAGGAUCCAGCUGUCUGUCUAUGAAGAGUGAUUGGUCCAAAGAUCGUCCUCCAGACUUCAGUAAUGAAGCGUCAGACACAAAAGGUCAGCAGCACAGACACACAGCAGAGUCUUCAGUAUCCAGCUGUCUGUCUAUGAAGAGUGACCGGUCCAAAGGUCAUCCUCCAGACUUCAGUAAUGAACCUGGACCCCAGUGUGGAGAAAGAUCCAGAACCAGAGCUGGACUGCAGACAGCCAGUCAGAGCAGCUGUGUACAAACAGAUCCUGGUCUGCAGGAGGUUUUAGAGGAACAUAAGAUCAGUCUGAGGAGGAGAUGUGAACGUGUGACUGAAGGAAGUGAUGAAACAGGAAGUAGAACCCUCCUGAACAGGAUCUACACUGAGCUCUACAUCACAGAGGGACAGAGUGAAGAGGUUCAUACCCAACAUGAGGUGAGGCAGCUGGAGACAGCUUCCAAGAAGAAGACCCUCUAUGACACUCCAAUCAGGUGCCACGACAUCUUUAAAGCCUUCCCUGACCAACAGAGACCCAUCAGAGUGGUUCUGACCAACGGCGUCGCUGGUGUUGGAAAAACCUUCACAGUGCAGAAGUUCACUCUGGACUGGGCAGAGGGCUUGGAGAACCAACAUGUCAGUGUGGUGAUUCUGCUUUCAUUCAGGGAGCUGAACUUGAUCCCAGAUCAGCAGUACAGUCUUCUGGAGCUGCUCCAUGUUUUCCAUCCAACAUUACAGAAGGUCCCAGCAGAGAAGCUCGCUGUCUGUAAACUUCUGUUCAUCUUUGACGGCCUGGAUGAAAGCAGACUUUCACUGGAUUUCACCAACAGGAAGCUCGUGUCUGAUGUCACACAGAAGUCAUCAGUCAAUGUGCUGCUGACAAACCUCAUCAAGGGGAAUCUGCUUCCCUCGGCUCUCAUCUGGAUAACUUCCCGACCUGCAGCAGCCAAUCAGAUCCCUCCUAAUCAUGUCCACAGGUUCACAGAAGUACAAGGCUUCACUGAUGCUCAGAAGGAGGAGUACUUCAGGAGGAGGUUCAGUGAUGAAGAGCUGUCCAGCAGAAUCAUCUCCCACAUGAAGACAUCCAGGAGCCUCCACAUCAUGUGCAGAAUCCCAGUCUUCUGCUGGAUCACUGCUACAGUUCUGGAGCACAUGUUGACUACAGAGCAGAGAGGAGAGCUGCCCAAGACCCUGACUGACAUGUACUCACACUUCCUGCUGGUUCAGACAAAGAGGAAGAAGAACAAGUACCAUGAGGGACAUGAGACGAGUCCACAGGAGGUGAUGGAGGCUGACAGGGAAGUUCUUCUGAAGCUGGGGAGGCUGGCGUUUGAACAUCUGGAGAAAGGAAACAUCCUUUUUUAUCAAAAAGACCUGAAGAAGUGUGGUCUGGAUGUGACAGAGGCCUCGGUGUACUCAGGAGUUUGUACAGAGAUCUUCAAAAGAGAGUGUGUGAUCUUCCAGAAACCAGUCUACUGCUUUGUUCAUCUGAGCAUUCAGGAGUUUCUGGCUGCAGUCUACAUGUUCCACUGUUACACCAACAGCAAGACAAAGGUGGUAAAGGACUUUCUAAAAUCAAAGUCUUUGACUGAGAAGAUAUCUUUUUUUUUUGGAAACAUUGAUCAGAGAGUUGUCCACUCUCUGGACGUCUUUCUGAGCAGAGUCAUGGAGAAAUCCUUGACGAGUAAAAACGGCCACCUGGACCUGUUUGUUCGCUUCCUUCAUGGCCUCUCUCUGGAGUCCAACCAGAGACUCUUAGGAGGUCUGCUGGGUCAGACAGAGAACAGCCCAGAAAUCAUCCAGAGAGCCAUCAACAACCUGAAGAAGAUGAACAGUGAUCAAAUCUCUCCUGACAGAAGCAUCAACAUCUUCCACUGUCUGAUGGAGAUGAAGGACCUCUCAGUACAUCAGGAGAUCCAAGAGUUUCUGAAGUCAGAGAACAGAUCAGAGAUACUCUCUGAGAUCCAGUGCUCAGCUCUGGCCUACAUGCUGCAGAUGUCAGAGGAGGUUCUGGAUGAGUUUGACCUGCAGAAUUACAACACAUCAGAGGAGGGACGACGGAGACUGAUCCCAGCUUUGAGGAACUUCAGAAAGGCUCAACUUUCUGACUGUGGACUCUCAGAGACUCACUGUGAAGUUGUAGCUUCAGCUCUGAAGUCCAACCCCUCCCAUCUGACAUAUCUGAGCCUGAGCUUGAACAACCUGCAGGAUUCAGGAGUGAAGCUGUUGUCUGCUGGAUUGGAGAGUCCAAACUGUAAACUGGAGACUCUGAGCUUGUGGAGCUGCAGCCUGUCAGAGAUCAGCUGUGUGUCUCUGAGCUCAGCUCUGAAGUCCAACCCCUCCCAUCUAACGUAUCUGGACCUGAGUGAGAACGAGCUGCAGGAUUCAGGAGUGAAACAGCUGUGUGGUUUUCUGGAGAGUCCAGAAUGUAGACUGCAGACUCUGGGUUUGAAUGGAUGCAGUUUGACAAAGAUCAGCUGUUUAUCUUUGGCUGCAGCUCUGAAGUCCAACCCCUCCCAUCUGACAUAUCUGUACCUGGGAGGAAACUACCUGCAGGAUCCAGAUGUGAAGCAGCUGUCUGAUCUUGUGGAGAGUCCACACUGUAGUCUGAAGGAUCUGAAGUUCUGAUGAUCUUUGUCCUGAUGAGAGUGAGCAGGACGGUGUGUGUGCUGAGAGAGGAUGAGCUGUGUCCUGAUGAUCCAGAGUCCUCCAUCAUCCCCGUGUGUUCCUCUGGAUCUUCUGAUGAACUUUGUGUCUCCAUUAAAGGACAAAUAAAAGUUAGCUGUAUUUCUGUACAUAAAAUAAGUUUGAUCAUAUUUUUCUUUCUUAAUAAGAUCGUCUGUAUGUGAUUUGAAUAGAACUUGGUUGUUUGUCCAAAUGCUGAGGUCUGUAACUUAUUAAUAUUGGACCAGUGAACAGUGGAAAUGUGUCAGUUAUUGCAGCUCUCACCUGUCACUCUGGAGAACAACAUGAACUCAGUGUGCAACAAGUUUAAGGUCAUUAAGUCCAGCUUGGAGAACAUUCAAAGAAGAUUUGAGGCUUUCAUGGCUGCUUGUGGAGAACCUGCGAUACAAUCCAAUAUCUGCAUAUAAAUGUACAGAACAAUGAGUUAAAGAUGAAAGAAUAUUAUUACUAUCAAGUGCAAAAAGAAGUGGAGCUAGAGGGAAACUGGUGGGAAACUGGUGGGAAAGCUUCAGUUAUGGGUAAAGUCUCUAAAUAAUCAUGAAGUAAGCAGCUUGAUCACAGAUCCAGAUUUGACUCAAUAAAGAACACAAGAGUCCAAGCAGCAAAAGUCCUGUCAGAAGAAGGCUGUGGAGACUCAGAAGAUGAGGAGCGUCUCUAAAGCUCUUCUCAGGAGGAGAAACAGGACAGUCGGGGUGGGCUCAGACAGAGCAGCAUUUCACAGUGGAUGAUGGAGAAAAGUCCAGUUCACUGAUGAAGUCCACUUAGAGACAAGUGUCAGUAACAGAAGGGUGAAUGUAAGGAGAGCAACAGGAGAGAAGGAGACCACAGAGGGUCAAAGCCACAUGGAGAUUCAAGUCCAAACAAAGAGAAGCAGCACUCCAUCCUUCAGAGACAUGCCUUACUAUCAUGAUGAAUGUUUGUGGAGAGGAUUGAUGCAGCAGGAUACUGAGCCCAAACACAGCUCAGCCCUUUAAGAAAUCCUUGAAGACCAAAGAAGAGCAGGGAGUGCUGACAGUCAUGGACUUUCCUCCACAGUCACCUGACCUCAAACCCACUGAACAUUUCUGAAGACUGAGGAAGAAAAACAUUCCUGACAUGGAAACAAAAACCACAAUCUCCCUCAUCAGCUUCCUCUUAACACUACAGCUCCCAAGGUGCUCAUUUUGACCUUUUUAAAAUUUUGCAGUGUAAUAUCUUUGUUGCUACUGUAUAAACCUCAUGUAACUGCAGGACCCUGAUUUUUCCUAAAUAUGU